AUGUGGAAAUAUCUGGUCUGCUCGAUAUUUGCGACAACUGCGCUCGCGAUCUGGCCGUUGCCGGUGAGCUAUACGAAUGGGAGUGAGACGCUUUGGAUUGAUCGGAAUGUUAGGAUAUCGUACAAUGGAGGCGAUGAGUCUUCAGAUAAUACGUGGACGAGCAAAAUCGUCAAUAAUUCGAUUCAACGAACAUACGACACACUGUUCAACAAGAACUUCGUCCCCUGGAAGUUCCACCAGAGAAAUUCAGAUUUCGAACCGCAGUUGACCAGCGAUGCGACGUACAUCACCUCCAUCGUCCUGCAGCAGAAUGGCUCCGACCCGGACAAUGUGAUGAAACCGGACGUCGGCGAUGUCGACGAGUCCUACACGCUCAGCAUGUCCAGUAGUGGCGAAGUCGUCAUCACAGCCCUGUCGUCCAUCGGGCUGUCGUACGGCUUGACGACGUUUACGCAGCUGUUCUUCAAGCACACCCGCGCAGCAUGCGCCUACACCACCCUGGCGCCCGUAGAGAUCUCCGAUAAGCCGAUGUUCGGCUGGCGAGGCAUGAACGUCGACACCGCGCGGACCUUCAAGCCCAUGGCGGAUCUGUACGCCACGAUCGACGCAAUGGCGUACAACAAGAUGAACCGCUUCCACUGGCACAUCACCGACUCGCAAGCCUGGCCGCUCGUCAUCCCUUCAAUGCCCGAGCUCGCUGACCAAGGCGCCUACGCCUCCUUCCAGCAGUACUCCGCCGCCGACGUGCAAGCACUGCAAGAAUACGGCGCCCUCGUCGGCGUCGAAGUGGUCAUGGAGAUCGACCAGCCCGGGCACACAGCAGCCAUCGGCUACGCAUAUCCCGACCUCAUCGCAGCCUUCAACUACCAACCCUGGGGUUACUUCGCUGCGGAAACCCCUGCUGGCACUUUUAAGCUGAACUCCACCGAAGUCCCAGCCUUCCUGGAGAAAAUGUUCAACGAUCUCCUCCCGCGCCUCGCACCGCUAACAUCCUACUUCCACCUCGGCGGCGACGAAGUCAACGCCAACGCCUCCACGCAAGACGAAACCGUGCGCUCGAACAAGACAGAAGUCCUACAGCCUCUCAUCCAGAAAUUCAUGGACCGCAACCAACACCAGCUCGCAGCUGCAGACUUCACCCCGCUGGUCUGGGAGGAGAUGCUGCUCGAUUGGAACCUCACCUUGCCCCUGAACACGAUCGUGCAGACCUGGAUCUCAGAACAAUCCGUCCUUAAAGUGGUGCAGCAGGGCUAUCGCGCGCUGGUCGGCGCUUCAUCGACCUGGUAUCUCGACUGCGGGCACGGGGACUGGGUGGACCAUUAUCAAGGCGCCGAUGCGAGACAAGCCUACCCAUACACCGAUUGGUGCGGCCCCGUGCACAACUGGCGACAAAUGUACGCCUACGACCCGUUGGAAGGCAUCCCCGACCAUCUCGCGCACUUGGUGAUAGGCGGGGAAACGCACAUCUGGUCCGAGCAGACGGACGCGAUGAACAUGGACACGAUGCUGUGGCCGCGGACGUGCGCGGCGAGCGAGGUGUUGUGGAGCGGGGCGAAGGAUGAGCAGGGCAGGAAUCGGAGUCAGGUGCUCGCGAGUCCGAGGUUGAAUGAGAUGAGGGAGAGGCUGGUGGCGAGGGGGAUUCGGGCGGAGCCGGUGCAGAUGCCGUUGUGUACGAUGAAUGGGACGCAGUGUGUGGUGUGA